AUGCAGCAGCAGCUGUGGCAGACAGCAGCAGCAGGAGUCCCAUCCACAGCAGGAGGAGGAGGAGCAGGAGCAGCAGCAACAGCAGCAACAACAGCCAGCAGCAACUCUAUAGGAGAAUCCCCCUAUAUAUGGGCACCACCAUCAUCUGCCUCUGCCCUUGCAGCAUCCUCGGGUACCGCCAUGGGGGCCCCUAUGGGUCCUAAUAUGGGGGCCCCUAUGGGGCCCCCAAUGGGUACAUCUGUGGGUGCAAUAAUGGGUGCAUCAAUGGGUAGUACUGUAGGUGGAGGUGGAACCCCUUUGGGUGGCCCCUUGGGUACAUCCCUGGGUGCCCCCUUGGGGGCCCCAUUGGGGGCCCCGUUGGGGGGCCCCUUGGGGGCCCCCCCAUUAAAUGAUAGUACCCUAAAUAAUAAGAGGGCAGUAAGGGUAAUAAACCUAAAGGCAAUGAGGGAAUUAAGGAUUGUAUUAGCAGACCCACAAGAAAGAGAAGAAAUAGAUGAGGCAGCAGAGGAUACACAACUUGUUGCUGUUAAGCUGUUGGGGCCUCCAACAACAGAUCGUGGUGGUGCUGCUCGUGGUGGUCGCACAGGAUCAGCAGCAGCAGCAGCAGGAGCAGCAGCAGCAGCAGGAGCAGGUGGCCCAACAGCAGCAGGAGUUACCUCUUCAUCAGUAAUAGGUACAUCAUCCCCCCCCUCCUCCUCUUCUUCCUCUUCCUCAUCAGGAGGAACAGGAGCAGCAGGAGGAGGAGGAGCAGCAGGAGGAGCAGCAGCAGCAGCAGCAGGAGCAGCAGAAAUAUUUGGCCUCGAGCUGCUGCCAGAGAUAGAAGUAUUUCUUCCUGCUGCAGCAAGGAUCGCCAUCUUUAGUUGGGGAGGAUGCCAACUACAAAUCAGAGGACCUGUGCAGCAAGAGUACGAGGCAUCAGAUCGUUUGAUGUCCUUUUUGUUGAAUUUAAGUUCUGUUUUGCAUGCAAGAAGACAAGCAGCAGCAGCAGCACAAACAAUAGGACCCAGGGUAUUAGUAACAGGCAGCGGAGGUAGCGGGAAGAGCAGCGUUUGCCAAAUUCUUUGUAAUUAUGCCAUGAGGGAAGGAUGGACUCCCCUCUUCCUUGAAUUAGAUGCAAGAGGGAGUUGUGAUAAAAGUUCCCUACAAAUGCCUCCCGGGUGUAUAGGCUGCUGCGUCUGUCGGUCAUUAGAUGCGGAUACACCUGAGGAUCCUUUGUACUAUUUUAUAGGCAGCAGCAGCAGCUAUGUACCUGAAGGAGACAGCAGCAGCAGCAGCAGCAGCGGAUUUGCUGCUGCUGCUGCUGCUGCACCAGCACCCCCAGAUGUUGAACUACCAGAGACUGAUACCCCGUCAUCAUCAGAUGCUGCAGCAGCAGCAGCAGCAGCAGAAACAGCAGCAGCAGCAGCAUCAUCAACAGACCCAUCAACAGACCCAUCAGCAGCAUCAGCAGCAGCAGCAGCAGCAACAGCAGCAGCAGCAGCAGCAGCAGCAGGAGAUAAUGUAUCAGAUAUAUUAUAUAAUAAUCCUAAUGAAUUAAGUUAUGAAUUAUUUUGUUGGUUAUGUUGCUGCAUAAGUAAAUCUAUUUAUGCUGCAUUUACUCAAUCCUUGCUGCAGCAGCAAAUGCAUGCAGAGGAUAAAGAAGACAGCAGCAGCAGCAGCAAUUAUCAUGAGACACAACCUCCUUCUCUUGCUGCUUCAGGUAUGAUAGCGAAUGCCCCUAAGGAAGUAUCUGUGCAGCAACUGCAGCAAUUAAUAGAUCUAUUUAUGUUUGAUUUAGUAAUUAUAUUAGAUAAUCCUUCUCUUUCUCAUGAAUUAGCUGGGGUGUAUAGGCACCUAUUACCUGAUACUAUAGAGGAAGCAACAGCACAACAGCAGCAAAUGCAACAAAUACAGCAGCAAAUGCAGCAGCAAGUACAACAACAAAUGCAACAACAAAUGCAACAGAUGCAACAAAUACAGCAACAGCAGCAGAGACAGUAUCUUGGUGCUGCUGCUGCUGCUGCUGCUGCAGCAGCAGCAGCAGCAAGUCAUAGAGUAGAGGUCAUUCCUCUACCUAAGCUUGAAGGGACAGUAGCGCUAAAGCUAAGAGCUGCAUUGCCUCUCUCUGCCCUUCCUGCAGGUACUGCAGCAGCAGCAGCAGCAGCAACUGCAGCAGCAGCAACACGAAAAGCAGCACCAACAACACUAACAGAAACACUAACACCAGCACCAUCAGCAGCAGCAGCAGCCACACCAGCAGCAGCAGCAGCAGCAGCAGGCACACCAUCAGCAGCAGUAGCAGCAGGAGGAGGAGGAGGUCUUGUAUGUAUAUGUAUGUAUAUACUCAGGGAGCGUAGCAACAAAGAGCUCAAGAUUACAAUGGGGCCCCUAUAG